UCCCAUAAUCCUUCACUCACACGUAAACAUUAACCCAGAUGAUACUACAGCUGGAGCUUCUGAAAAGAUUCACAUCAUGAAAUGACACUAAAAGAGACUCAGAGGUCCCGGGUCGGGUCGGUUCGGCGGAACACACUGAUUUAAAACCCUUGACAUGAGUAAAAGAGACCGGAGAGACUCAGGCUUUUCAUUUGACAUGCGUUUACACAGCUAACGAGGUGAUGUGGCCUGUAGGUUAGCUGUCAAGCUAAAGGAAAAGCCCAUCAACUGUUCGCAUUGCAUUGAAAUAAAAUGAUGUAGCUGGACUUGAACCCGAGGAAAGGGACAGACAUUAGCGACAGGAUGAAGAAGUCACGCAGUGUCGGAGCUUCUUCCUCGCUCAAUGGACUCGGACAACAAGAUGGCGAGUCCCGACGGAAGAGGAAGAUGGCGGAGAUCACGCAGGCCCUGAACGGGACGCCCGUGGAUGUGCCCGCUCUGAGGCGCAUGGCCAUCAGUGAAGGAGGUCUUCUGACCGAUGAGAUCCGCCGCCAGGUGUGGCCCAGACUGCUCAACGUGUCUGUAGACAACAUACCUGAGCAACUAGAGACGGUCGAUCGAGACAACAACAAGGACUUCAACCAAGUGCUUCUGGACGUCCAGAGAUCCCUCAGACGCUUUCCUCCAGGGAUGCCAGACGAGCAGCGCGAGGGACUUCAGGAGGAGCUGACUGAUAUUAUUCUGCGGGUGCUCGCGAAAAACCCUCAGCUGCACUAUUAUCAGGGUUACCAUGACAUUGUGGUGACCUUCCUCCUGGUGCUCGGGGAACGACUUGCCACUGCCCUGGUGGAGAAACUCUCCACUCACCAUCUCAGGGACUUUAUGGACCCCACUAUGGACAACACCAAACACAUCUUGAACUACCUGAUGCCCAUCAUCGAGAGAGUGAACCCUGAAGUGUACGACUUCAUGCAGCAAGCUGAAGUGGGCACGAUUUUCGCCCUCAGCUGGCUCAUCACCUGGUUCGGACACGUGCUGUCAGAUUUCCGUCAUGUGGUCCGGUUGUACGAUUUCUUCCUGGCAUGCCAUCCCCUUAUGCCUAUAUACUUUGCUGCUGUGAUCGUCCUGCAUCGAGAGGAGGAGGUGCUAGACUGCGAGUGUGACAUGGCCAUGAUGCACCAUCUCCUGUCCCGCAUCCCGCAGGACCUGCCGUACGAGACUCUGAUCAGCCGCGCGGGAGAUCUGUUCGUUCAGUUCCCUCCGUCUGAGCUGGCCAGAGAGCGCAGUCAGCAAACCGCCGUCUCCACCUUCAAAGACUUUGAGUUGGCGUCCACGCAGCAGCGCCCGGACACGGUUCUCCGGCAGAGACGGGUGGAGCAGCAGAAGCGCACGCUGGAGGCCCAGCGCAGCACCGUGGCAGUCGUGCAAUCCACGGGACGGCGCUUCGUGAGGCUAGCGGUCAUGGGUUUGACUGUGGCGCUGGGGGCCGCGGCUUUAGCCGUGGUAAACUCUGCCCUGGAAUGGGCUCCCAAGCUAGACUUACUCUUCCCGUGAAGGAGCCAAUCGACAGCGUCUCAAUUUGAGGACUGAAUGUUUGUUAUUAUGCCUUUUUUUUUUUUUAGGUAUUUAUAUACGAGUCGGACUAAUGAAUAAAAUAUCGUGCGUAUGGUUAUUCUAAUUUAACAAGUUUUUUUUUCCUAGAGUCUGACAUGAAAGGAAAAUGUUUCCUGGAUCCACAAGAACGUCAAUUAUUGUGUCGAGAUAAAUGUACAGUAGAGGUAUGUACACUCCACGGCUCAUUCAUGAAACACGACCGCUGCACAUUUUUGUGUAAAUCAUCCUUCUUGCGAGUCUUUUUGCAUAAGGAUACUUUUACGAAUAAUUGAGAUUCAUGUGAAAAAACGGCAUUCAAGUACUUUGUUCAUAAAACAAUUUUUAUGUAAAUUGUCAAAUUAAAUUGACGACUAUUUUAUUUUCGGAAGUUUGUAUACACUGAUCGUAAAACAAUUUUUAUGGACAUUUUUAAUCGAAUAAUAGUUUUGUUUUUGUUUAAAAAAUUAUAUACAUUUGAAAUUAAUCUAAAAACAACCAAAAUGUACAUUGAUUGUCAAGCUAUUUUUACUUAAAUUGUCUCGUUCGAUGCGGAAAUUUACAUAAAAAUACCUUGACAAAUAAUGUACAUUUUUGUUUUUGUGCAUGAAUUUAAACUCAAUCAUUAGUUUUAAAUGCAUUCGCUUAAAUUCGACAACUUUGCCAACUAGAAAUUUGUCUUGUGAAUUUCAAAACAAAAACUCACUUAAACUCUUUUGAAUUCAAAUCAGUGUGAAAAUUUACAUUAAAAAUUGUUUUACGAACAAUGAACAUGAACUUUUAAAACAAAAGUAAACCGUAAUUGCUAACUUGUUGCGUUCAAUUCAAUGCGAAAAUUUACACAAGGAUGAUUUUACGAGCUAUGUACAUAACUAAAGUAAUUUUAUGAUAUUCAUGUACUUGGCUCCUAAUUCAUUUUUGUGAUGUAAACGUGACUGAAUUGAAUGUAACAAUUUAGUAAUCAUAGUUUUUGUUUUAAAAUUUACGUACAAAAUAAUAUUUGUGUAUACAUACGUACAUUAUCAGACUAAAUUCACUGCAACAAUUUACUUAAGAAUUAUUUUCUGAACUGUGUACGUUUUUUAAGGGUGAUUUGAAAUGAAUGCACAAAAAAGCAUUAACGUAGAUUGUAAAUAUUUUUUUACGCAAGUUUUCACACUAAAUUUAAUGCAACAGUUUACAUAGAAAUGCUUUAUAAACCAUGUACAUAACAAUAGUUUAAGCUAUUUUUUGUUUUGAAAUUCAUCUACAAAAACAUUCACAUUUGUAAAACUAUUUUUCUGUAAAAUGUCAAAGUGAACUGAAUACAAGAGUCUACGCAAGUAUGCUUUUAUACUAGUACAAGUCCUUUGUAAAACCAUCCAUUUUGCGGAAAUUAUACAUUUUGCUUUCACAAGUAAUGUAUGUAAAGUUUUUGUUUUUUGAAACUCACAGAAACAACAUUCAAACAAAAACGGUUGAUUUGUAAAGUCAUUAUUAUGUAAAUUUACAAAAAAAAAUUACAUUACAAAAUUAUCUAUGCAGAAAUUUGGUUUACUUGUGUUUCAUGAUUGAGCUGCUGUGUUUUAUUUAAAAAUAUAUAUGCAUAUAUAUUGAGACCAAAAUAUUUUAGAGCCCCUGUUCAUAGAAUUAGCAAUUAAUUUGGUUCAGGGCCCCUUAUUGGCAGGAAUCGAAUUAGUUCUGUGUAUGUAAAAUCUUAGUUAAGAAGCAAUUGUAAAACAGCAGUGGAUGAAGAGUCAUUUUAUUAUGUUUCACUACAUUUCAUUUUUUUUCUUCUCCAAAUCACCUUAAUUGCAGUAUUUUUUUAUGAUAAGUGCUAAUACUAAUACAUUACGUACGGUUUUCAUGAAUCUCAGAGCUGGAAUUGAACCACUUUUAAGUAACUUGAGAUAUUCUGGAGUGUGUAAGUGCUAAACGUGAAAUACUUCAAGUAGUUUCUGUAAUUUAACUCCAGGUUAGUGUUGAAUCAUGGCACAUUGUUAUGGUUAUUUUUAUUGUUUAAAUGCUGUUCACAAAUGAUCGUUUCCACUUAACAACAUCUAAGCUUAGAUUAACAUCCAAGUGGAUAUUUUCCAUUAUUCUUAUAUUGCUAUAUCAUGAUUUAUUAAAAUAACAUGCUGCCAUCCACACAAUACUACUGUUCAUGAUAACAUAAUCACUGCUUUGAUUUUGCAUUAAUUUUGCACUAAAGAACAAGCUUCUUUCUUAUUUGUUUGCACUUUGAGAGAUUGUUAUAAGUGGUCUCUGUUUCUCUUAAGUUAAUGUCUCACAUUUGACCAUGUUGCUAAAUAUGUUUCAAUAAAAAGAAAGAUAAAACGA